UUGCUGCUGUUUGUAGACAUGGUGCAGGUGGAGCUCAACGGGCUGGCCAAGUACAAGCUGGUGGAGACCAACGGCAUGGACAUCCAGGACACGCCGGCCGGCCGCCUCAUGGCGCGGUACUACGUCGCGUUCCAGACGAUGAAGUCCUUCAUGCAGGUGGAGGGCGAAGAGACGCUGAGCGACCUCCUGGUGGUCCUGUCGCGCGCCGCCGAGUUCCAAGACGUGCAGCUCCGUAACGACGAGAAGGCCGCCCUGAACAAGCUCAACUCGCGCAAGGACUGCGCGCCGGGCCUGCGCUUCCCCAUCAAGGGCCGCAUCAAGGACCGCGAGUGCAAGGUCAACUGCCUUCUGCAGAGCCUGCUCGGUGGGCUGCACAUCGCGGAGCCCGGGCUGCAGCAGGAGGCUGGGCGCGUGAUCCGCACGGCGGAGCGCCUGGCGCGCUGCCUGUGCGAGGUGGUGCAGCUGUCGGGGCGGUACGUCGCGCUGCUGUCGGCCGUCCUGCUGCACAAGUGCGUCCGCUGCCAGCUGUGGGAGACGUCCGCCCUGGCGGCCCGCCAGCUGCCGCGCAUCGGCCCCGUGCUCGCCGGCCUGCUGGUGGCGGCGGGGAAGACCAGCCUGGCCGCCGUCGCGCAGAGCAACCCCCGCGACCUGGAGCGCAUCGUGCUCCGCCUGCCGCCCUUCGGCAACGAGCUCCGCGACGCGGCCGCCGCCGUGCCGCAGCUCGUGCUCACCCUGGAGCGCAACCGGGACGGCGGCGAGGACGUGGUCGUCCUGCAGGCCGACAUCGCCAACCUGGACGCGGCACUCAACGACCCCCGCCACUGGGUGCUGGUGCUCGCCGGCGAUAGCGACAACAACGUCAUCGUCUACGACCGCUUCCCCAUUUCCAAAUUAUUUCGGGGAACAUAUUUUACUAAAAUAGACUUGUCAACUGUAAGUGCAACGACGGUGAAAGCCCACCUCAUCAGUGAAAGCUGGGUUGGUAUAGACUGUGAGAAGUCCCUCACCAUCAACGAGGACUCGCCACCGCCUUUCCAGGAGCCAGCUGCAAAAUCUCUUAAGAAAAGGUCGACUUUCAUGGAUAAAAUUAUGAAGGAGGCCGCGAGCCGUACGAGCGAUACGCCGUCGUGCAGGUUGACGGCCAGCGAGACGGGCGGUCUCACGUUGUCGCAGCGCUUUGAACGAUUCAAAAAGACUCCGAAUCUGAGGAGACUGUCCUCCUUGGCAAUGGACGACGACCUCGACGACCCCGACGACCCGCCGCCCGGGCCAUCCGCACCGCGAGCGACCCCCGCCGCCGGCGGGGUGGACGAGGUGAUCGUCAUUGAAGACGACGAUCACGACAACAACUGGGACAUGCCAGACGUGCAGGUAGUGCCCGGGUCCUCUGUUGCGGCCAGUAUGGAGUACUCAGCCAUUCCCCACCAGCCAACCAUCAGAAAUUUCUUCAAGCCCACGUCGGGGCUUGGGUCACAAAAGUCUGCACCGCCAGUCUGUGUCGACCUGGAGGAUUCAUGUGAGCAGCCAACACCCGCCCUGUCAGCCUGGGUUCACUUGGAAGAUUCCUACAGCAACUUGUCUCAGCUCGCGGGAAAGCCCGCCUGGGUGCAGAAGUCUGCCCCGGCUCGCAGCGUCGACCACGAAGGCGCGUGGGGGCCGCCCACACCUGCCCCGUCGGCAACGUCUUGUGUGGACCUCAUGGACGACUCCUGGGACGAAGACAUCCUGCAGGUCACGAGAGCAGCCGAGACCAAUGUAACGACUCAGCGAAUUGUUCGAUGGAGACCUCCAACCCCUCCCCCAGGCUACGUGGAGAUGCGCCCCGGCUGCUGGGACUUCAACUUCGAUAUUGGGAUUGACGAUCUGCUCGACGAUCUGCUACAGGACGAUGAACACACAGCCGACGCGAAACCGGAGAAGUUUGAGGUGAAAGAGGAACCGGAAACGCUUGACUUCAACGAGUGGUGUGCGCAAGAGGAUCGAAACAUCCUUGGUCCUGAAACGGAGCUGCUUGCUUCUGACCUCGUCAAGGGCACCGGAACAUUAAAGACCUUUGAAUUAGAGCAUCUGGGGCCCGACAAGUGGUCUGAUGGUAAUGUCAUAGUAGACAAGAAAAUGGAAUCUACGCCCGUGCAAUCGUCUUGGCCUGGUGCAAAUUUCACACAGAGCGACAAGUUGCCCGAUUCCUACCUUGGAUAUGACAAAUGGCCUGAUGCGGAUGUCGAACAUACCGGAAAUUGGUCCGAUGAAGACUUAUGGACCGGCCACAAGUUACCCGAUACCGAUGUCAAACCCAGCGCGAACUGGCCUCAACAAAUUGGUACAUGUCCGGAUCAAGUUUCUGAACAUGGUGACAAGUUGGCCGGAGUGAAAAUCGAGGCAACAGAAAAAUUGUCCGAUACAAACUUUGAGCAGGGUGACAAGUUACCCGAUACGAAUGUUGGGUACAGCGACAAGUUACCCGAUUCAAACCUCGACCGCGACAAGUUGCCCGGUGUGAAUAUCGGACACAUUGCCAAGUUACCCAAUUCCAACCUCGAACGCGACAAGUGUUACAAUGUGAAUGUCGAACACGCCGACGACCGGUUUGAUGUAGACUUUGGGCAGGGCACCAAGUUGCCCGAUGCGAAUACAGGACGGACGGACGAGUUGCGCGAGGCAAAUCUCAGGCUCGACGAAUACCUCCCGGUGACCGCUGGCGAGCUCCUGACCUCCAAACCAGGCGACUGCGGGAGAGAUAGACUCCCGUUCGUGGAGGGCGAGCAGGUGAAAGAGGCAGCCGCACCCUUGGAGACUGGACCGCCUCGCGAGGCGCCGGCUACCGAGUUUGAAACGCCCCGCAUGGACACGAACGCGAUGGACCAAUCAGUUGACCUGUUCUCUUCCCCGUCAGACGCAGCGGCGGCGGCCCCGCCCGUCGCUGAGGGCGCGCAGACAAAUGCGGACCACAGUUGUGCUCAGCAAGAGGCGCUACAGGGCGGCGUUACGAGCGUUGCAAACGCAGCGGGUGACGCGAUUCAACGGCCAGACCUGCACGUCGAGGAGCGGGAGCGGGGAGACACCAGUGAGCCCGCGGCCGGAGGAGAACUGCCAGUGCUAGCUACCGUGGUCAGCGUGCCCGACCGGGUCUCGGAGGCGGUCACUGCCACGUCCCCCGCCAGAGGCGGAAGUCCUGCGUCACCUCAAAGGGACACCACUGAUGAUGGCGAACCGGGCGGCAGUAAUGAACUUCAAAUUCCCCUCCUUGCGUCAGCAAACAUACAAGACAGAGGGACAUCGCCGAAAUCUAAACAACCGGAAGAAGUUGUUCGAGAAGCCACCUUUCAAGAGCCCAACAGACCACCUUGUGCGUCACUGUUGGAACGUAAAUGCAUCACCUUUGCAGAUGAACUCGUCGGAACUGAAGAGGUAAGUCAUGUUUCAUCUGUGACGUGCGGUACUACAAAAGCUUUAAGUUCGUCUGAAACGAUCCAAGUUUCGGAAAUGACUACCAGUUUACCACCAACAACCAACGACCCUCCUGAAGCUAGAGUGUUUGAGGCGAGGUUUGAGAUUGUUGACCCGGAAGACCCAAGAAAGGGAGAGAGCCGUCCCGGUCAAAGCAUUGCACAGUUGGGGAAAACUUUCCAGAGCGUGCUGGCCGCCAACAAACCAAAUCCUGGGACGUGCAACCUGCUCAAAUUCCGUCCCCAGAAUGAGGGAGCCCACAACGUCGACGACGUGUUGGCCAGGCUGCUGGCGGACUGGUCCAACGGGAAGCCGAGUGGGAAGCCCUCCGCCCGGCCCGCUUCGUCCGUCCCGCCGGCCCCCAGGGCUGCCCCGGGGCUCCUGCAGGGUGCGCUGAGCGGCGCCCCGGCCCGACGCACCUCCGCGGGGAUCGUGUCCGUGCCCGCCAAGGCCCCCCAGGAGGAGGUGGCGAAGGUGGACUGCGUGGAGCGCAUCCUGCAGGAGGGCGUCCCCACCAGGCUCCUGGGCAAGAGCGUGGUCAAGACCAUCAACACGGACCGGCUGCGCGCCGCGGGCGUGAUCCGGGGCAGCGGGACGGUCCUCAGCAAGCGACUGGCGUCGGGGCUCAGCGCCGCGCUCGCCGUCGUCACCCAGGAGGCCAAAGAGGCACCGGGCCGCACAGCGACCAGCGACCCGCCCCGCGCUGCACCCCUUACUGGCGAGGCCUGUGUCAGGGGCAGUCCGUGCGCCCCGCAUGAAGCGCCUGCCAAGCUCGCUGACACCAAUGCGCUCCCGCCAGGCGAUCCACCCUGCGCACCGCCCAGUGCUCCCCCCGCGCCCCUAGGCGCCGCACCCCCCAGCUCGCGAGCGUCAGGCUCGGCUGCCAGUGUGAAGUCCGGCUCGACCAGAGCGCCCAGCCUCCUCUCCAGCUUCAUCAAGAUCCCCAGCCGCGGGGAGCAGGUGGCCGCCGAGCCGGCCGCCCCGGGCCCCGCCGCCAAGCUGGACUGGUUCGAGCGUCUGCUGGCCGAGCCGAUCGGAGGCCCGCUGCGGCAGCCCAGGGCCGCCACCUCCAAGCGGAAGGCGCAGGGCGUCCAAGACCCGGGGCCGCGCGAGCCAAAACGUCCCGCCAAAGGGCCCAGCAGCGCGGCGGUCAGCCCGUGGCCGCAUCGACUGACACUGCCGCCCAAGGACAUCUACGCCUCCAGGCCCAUCGCCAAGCAGUACGGGGGGUUCUCCGACUCGAUCAGCGUGACCGCCACGCGCUCUCGCAACCCCCCGCCACAACCACCCUCACCACCGGCACGCCGUGCCCAGCUCCACGAUGAAAGCCCAACGUACCUGGACGACGAGGACGCGGCGGGGCCCUCCUGGAGACGCGGGCACAGCUCGGCCACGUCAGGACGAACGGGCCAACACAACAGCCCCUUAUUCGCAGACAACGCUCUCGGGACGUUUGCCUCCCCUUUCGACAGCGAGCUCAGCCUCGGCGUUCCCUUCUCCUCCCGCAGGGGCGAGCAUGGCGGUGGGCGCAACAGGGGGGAGGGCGUCGUCAGCGCCAUGCAGGUGCAGGCCAUGCUGCAGGACGACGAGGCUGUUUUGUUCGACCGCAGUCGCCAGCGCUCGCCCCGCUAUCGCGAGGGCGACGACGACGCCUGGCACCGCGCCGGUGCGCGUGAGCUGCCGUUGCCCACCGGCUCCCCUUCCAGGCCUUGGGAGGACCUCGACGACGACGUCAACCUGUGGGGAGACUAUCCCACCUCGGGGUCGCCCGUCCGACCGUCCGAGGGCCUUUUCGGGCGACGGCACUACGAUGAUAACGACGACGAGGAGCCCAUGCUGUCGCCAUCCAACUGCUCCUUCGCGCCGAGCAUCCGGAGCGUGCAGAGCCACUCGCCGUCGUACAGCCCGGCGCCGCAGCGCCAGCCCUCCUUCAAGUGGCGGCCCUCGCUGUCGGCUGGGCGGGGCGGCGAGGGCGUUGAGUACGAGUACGAAGCGGUGGACAGAGACGACGACCCUUACGCGUACGUGCCCGAGUCCAGCCGCGCCGGCGUGGACGUGGACUCCUUUGGGUCGCCGCCGCGCUUCUCGUCGCCCUCUGCCGGGCCGCGGCAGGUGGUGCCGCCGACCCCGGCGACCUCCGGCCGGCUGGUCCUCUCCCUGUCGCCGCCGCCGCCUCGCAGACAACCCGCGCCCGCGUACUCCAAGUGGACUAGCUACCUAGACUGAUAGUCGGUGCACACUAUGUUGUCCUUAGUAUACACUCUGUCAUCUUGUGUUUCGCGAAAACUUCAUUAGUUUAUUGACCAAGAAAUAUUUUUCAUAUUGAAAUAUUUCUGAUGUUUUAGAUGCGCAGUUCCUAUGACUUAUGGUU